AUGGGCCAGAAGGCAGGCGACCUUGGCUGGCGGCUCAGCCUUUUGCUGCUCUUUCUGCUCCUGGCUCGAGCUGGUGUCUGGGGAUUCCCCAGGCCCCCAGGGAGGCUGCCCCUGAGCCUGCAGGAGUUGCAGGAGGAGUUCAGGCUCAGCCUGCAUCUUGCCAGGAAGCUGCUCUCCGAGGUUCGGGCCCAGGCCCACCGUUUUGCUGAAUCUCACCUGCCAGGAGUGAACCUGGACCUCCUGCCCCUGGGAGAGCAGCUCCCUAACGUUUCCCUGACCUUCCAGGCCUGGCGCACUCUUUCUGACCCAGAGCGGCUGUUCUUCCUCUCCAUGACACUUCGCCCCUUCCAAGCCCUCUUGGGAGGACUGGGAAGCCAGGGAAUCUGGACCAGUGCAGAGAGGAAGCAGCUGUGGGCCAUGAGGUUGGAUCUCCGAGACUUGCAGCGGCAUCUUCGCUUCCAGGUGCUGGCUGCAGGAUUCAACCUCCCUGAGGAGCAGGAGGAAGAAGAGGAAGAGGGGACAGGGCUACUCCCAGGGACUCUGGGCAGCCCCUCACAGAUGUCAGCCCAGGUGUCCUGGCCCCAGCUCCUCUACACCUACCAGUUGCUACACUCCUUGGAGCUUGUCUUGUCUCGGGCUGUGCGGGACUUCCUGCUGCUUUCCCAGGCUAAGACCCCAGUCCAGGCCUUGGGGCGUCCAACGCUGGCUGGCUCCCAGGCCUGA